CUCCCUGAGCGCAGACCUCGUGGUGAACUACCUCUAGCUCGGCCAUAUUGAAAUAUUGAAUGUCUCUGUUACACAAGGGCUCAAGAGUAGCCGUGAAAUUUUCGCGUGAUCCUCGACGAAGAGAGGAUAAAAGACAUCAUGGAAUCCAUGUACAGCAUUAACGUUACCAACAAGUUCUUGGUUCCGUUACUGGCAGAUGACGCAGAUCUACACGAGAUAGUGCAGCAACGGGAACAAGAGAAGGAAGCUAAGAAAAAGGAGAAGCUUUCGGAAAAGGAGAAUAAGAGUAAGCAGCCGGACGCGCCAAAGAGUACCGGCAACAAAACGCAAAAAACUCGCGUGAUUAAGGAUACACAGCUACCAGUGUCGAAGAUACAAGAUCCAAAGAAAGAUCAAGGCGAGAAGAAACCACCACAAGUAAGAACUAGUGGAGGAGAUCGCAAUGUUAAAUUCUCUGGAGACAACAGGGAAGAACGUUAUAACAGACGUAAUCGUGAAGAAGGUGAGCGUACACCUCGACCACAAGGAGAAAUAAGACGUGGACCUCCUGGCGAGGGACGUGAGACGAGAGAAUUCCGAAAUUCUAAUGAUACUCAACGUGGAGACUAUGCCGAGCGUAGAGGACGUGGUGGAAUGCGUGGGAUGAGCCGCGGACGUGGUGGACCACGUGGCCGAGGAGGAUAUGAUAAUCGUGGAAAACGUGAAUUUGAUCGCCAGUCCGGUUCUGAUAAAACCGUAUCUGUGAACAGCGGGAUUAAACCAGUAGACAAAAAAGAUGGUGCUGGUAGCCAUAAUUGGGGUACUCACAACGAUGAAAUUGAAGAAAGUUUGAACCAAGAGAGUCAGGAUUGGCCUAAUGAGAAACCUGAAGGUGAUGCUCCUCAAGCAUCUCCGGAAACAAAAGAAGGCGAAACAAGCACGGAUACAACUGAGGAAAAGCCUGUCGAAGAGGAAUCUCGUGAACUGACAUUGGAUGAAUGGAAGGCUCUCCGUAAUAAUAGAGCAAAACCACAGUAUAAUUUACGCAAAGCUGGAGAGGGUGAGGACAUGACUCAAUGGAAGAAAAUGUAUGCGCUACAGAAAAAGAAGGAAGGUGCUGAAGACGAUGACGAUGAUGAAGAAGAAUAUGAUGCAGCUGCAGAAUAUCCUCAGCGGGUUGGAAGACAGAAACGUGUACUAGGGAUUGAGAUACAAUUCAGUGAUUCCCGACGCGGUUCUGGUGGACGUGGUAAAGGACGAGGAGGCCGUGGAGAACGUGCCAGUGGUCGUGGAUUUGGAAAUCGUGGUGGAGCUCCUAGAGAUGGAGAUACACGCGGACCCCCUGCGCAAUCUGAGCAAAGGUCGCCCCGAAGGCGUCAGAAUGCUCCGAAAGUAGACGAUGAGAACGACUUCCCCUCAUUAGGAUAGAUGGUUUCGUUUAUCAUCAACACACUGUCCCACCAUUACCACCACCAUCAGUACUACUACCACAGAUAAAAUUACCACUAUUACUAAAAAAAUAUUACUAUCAACAUUUUUGCAUCAGUGAAAACGUUAAUGCAUAAUACAAUAUCUUCGACGCAAAACAUUAUUCGUACUAUCAGGAAUGCGGGAAGUUAUCUAGGCAACGAAAGAGUCUAGUGUUUUUUCAAGUAUUUAUGAUUGUACAGAGAAGUUUCGUCGCGUCAAGGUACACCCUUGCAAAAUGAGAUACGUAAUUACUAUGAAUAAAAGAAACGUGGCGCUUGAACGCGCUUUUGCAUAUUGGUACAUUGACGCAAACUUAAAGAAAAAAUGUCGCAUGAUAUGUAUACUAUAGAUCACGAUCCUUUUUUUGUACUUGUAACAAAUCAGUUUGUCCAUAACUAGUAUCCAGGGGCUAGUUGACAGAUAAACAGUAACAAGAACGAGGCUGGAUGUUCAUGGACUUGUUAGUAAUUGUGGAUUUAAUUAAUACUAGACUAAAACGUAUGGAUGAAAGACUUCAAGCGGACCAGCAGGAAUGUAAUAUCAAAAAGAUAUAUUCACUUUACGAUGACAGUUUGAUGCUGCUUAAAUCCGUGUGAAAUCAGAUAGUCCCGAACUGGAAAUGAAAUAUAUAUAUUCCAUCUUCUACACAAGAAGAAGUUGAGGCGUUCGCCUUGAUUUUAAUUUUGAUGUCGUAUAUCAAAGGCCUAAGGAGGCUGGCCAUAGCACCGACUCUCGAGAACACGUGUAUAAUAACUUGUUAGGUGGUAAAUUUUAAACAUUCUUUCUGUUUUAUAAUUUUUAUACGGUGUUAGGAGAAGCCUUCCUUGUAACUGACAAGUCGUCGCUUGUCUUACGUAAAACAUAAGAGACUUUUUAAAGCGUGUAUUUCUAUCUGAAGAAAUAGUAUUUCUAAGUAGACACUUUUAAUAUCAGAUAUGUGUCUUUUCUUUUUCUUCAAGGAAAAGCAGAUGUCUAAUAUCAAAAGUGUCUACUUAGAAAUACUAAAUUUCGCUUAUGUAGAACUAUAGAGAUUUUUCCUUUGAAAGAUGUAACCGGUCUGUAAGAAAUUUAACAUUUAAGGAUAUAUUAGACACACUGAUACACAGCUUUACCUAUAUAUUGUAUAACGAAUUUAAGAGAGCGCGAUCGAGACACGUUGAGAGGGGCGAUAGAAUGAAUCCAGUCUUAUUAUAGUUACGUUAUACGUCAAUCAUCAUGUUCUAUAACUCGCUACAUUAGUUAUCUAUUGUAUUUGUUACAUGUAAAAUGAACAAUACCUACAGCCAAAUGAAACAAAAUUCAAACCCUUUCCAUAUGAAAAAAGAAAAAAAACGUUAUAAAGCUGUUCGAAGCUUAGGUAUAUGUGUAAAUAACAUAUUUACAGUAAUAAAUUGUGACCGUUCGAGUCACUUUGGACUUGACUACUUAACCAGUCGACUUACGAAAGAAAGAUAGAAAAGGUUUUUAUUUGUGUAGUAUGUAAAGAAUGUGAGUACAAAAGAGAGGAAGCAUUGAGAAA